AUGAAAGAUUUCAUAGCUGGAAAAUCUAAGGCUGAUGGGAAGAUUGUGAUCGGAGAGAGUGUGUCUGUUGUAAUCCAGAAGAAGAGAAUUCGUUCUAAGAGGACUGAUUCCGGGGUGUUCACUCUACCCAUCAUUAUUGGAGAUGUUAAAAUUGAGCAUGCUAUGUGUGAUCUGGGAGCUUCUAUUAAUGUGCUGCUUUUCUCAGUUUACAAGAAACUGGCUGGAAUCAGAUUAGUGGAUACAAAGGUAGUCAUCCAGCUCGCAGAUAGGUCAUAUUUUCAUGUGAUUCGAAUGAAUGAGUCUGAAGCCGGUGAGUCAAGCAGAGUAUUAUUGGGGAGGCCAUUUUUGCGUACAACAAAAACCAUAACUGAUAUAAGCGAUGACACAAUAUGCUUGGACUACAACGGGGAGAAAUUCACCUUUAAUAUUGAUGAAACUAUGAAGAAACCAUUGGAUUUCGAAAAUCUGCAUUCUUUGGAUGAGCAACUUGCAGCUGCUGAACUGAGCGACUCGAUUGAAGAUGAAGUCGCCGAGUGGUGUGAGACACUAAUGACACAGGACUUGACCGAUGAAGAAAUAAAUGAUGCAAUAAUGGGGUUUUGUCAGAAGCCAAGUUCUACUGGAUCAAGUGACCGAUCCCAACUGAGCAGUCUGGAGAAAUUACCUGAUUUUGGAGAACUUGCAGCGAAAAACAUGGAAAAGAACCCACUACCUCAAGAGGCGAUCUCGCCUAAGAAGGAGUUGAAGACACUACCCCUAGAUUUGAAAUACGCUUAUCUGGGAGAUGAAGAGAUAUUUCCAGUAAUCAUCAACAACUGGUUGACUAAGAACAAGAAGAGGAAGUGCUGGAAGUGUUGA